AAACGAGUUUGUGUUGGAACUACUGCGCAUGCGUAUGGCCAAGAUCAGCUGACAACAGAGACAACUGCGAGCCAACAUCAGCAUCGCUCCACGAACUUACAUCCACAACAUCUAGGAAUCAGUAAUAUCGUUGGCUGGCUUGCAUUGAAUAAAUCGUCCACGACAUCAUGGAUGGUCACACUGAAGUUGGGUCAAGCUCACAAGCAGAUGACACUUACAGCACUCAAAGUGAAGAGCAGUCCAGAGUAAGAGACCUUGCUGAGUCAGAGGACAGUGCACAGAAAAAUGAUAUGCUUCAGCAAGCCAUGAAAAAUGGGUCUAAAGACUUGCAUGAACUUGCUGAAAAAGCCACCUUUAUGCUGAAAGUCAUUGGUGGUGGCAUAACUCGGCAGUCAUACUCACUUUUCCUCGCUGAUCUUUACCAUAUCUACUUAGCUAUGGAAGAGGAAGUAGAGAAAAAUAAACAACAUCCAAUUCUUGGGGCUGUCUACUUCCCAGUCCAGCUAAACCGCAAGCAGGCCAUUGAAAAAGACCUGGAAUUUUUCCUUGGCACAGAGUGGGCAAAAAAGGCCAAGUGUACUUUUGCUGCACACAAAUACGUGGAGCGCAUCCGGUAUCUAGGGAGGACUGACCCUGCAGCACUCAUUGCUCAUUGCUAUGGCCGGUAUCUAGGGGAUCUUUCUGGUGGCCAAAUCCUUCGCUACAAGCUCAGCAAGCACCUGAAUCUCAAAUUGAAUAAUAACGACAACAGCGAUGAGAACAAUGAUGGGCUUAGCUUUUACAGGUUUGAAAAUAUUGAUAACUUAAAAAAGUUCAAGGAUUUCUACUCUGGCCGUUUAAACGGUCUCAUUUUGGACACGGAGACAUUUCAGAAAAUUGUGAAUGAAACACGAGUAAUGUUUCAGCUCAACAUAGACCUGUUCACGGAGAUGGACAUUUUAGCUGAGAUUAUUCCAGAAGGCUACAGCAGCAGCAGCAAGUUUGGUACUGAUCAGGAUGUUUCUCGCAAUUCUUAUGUAAGUCUAGAUGGCAGUAGCAAUGUUACAGAUGGGACUAAGUCCUCUGAAACCUUGAAGCCAUCAUCUUUGCCAUUGCAAUUUUUUGAAAAAGCUUGGCUGGUCUCCACUUGCGCUUUGUUUGCUGCUACAAUUAUGAGUUUUAUGUUUACUAACUGAAAAAUCUUGUUGGCAGUAUAAAAUCAGCCUUCUAACAAGACAAUGCAGAAUGGUCUAGUCACACGAUAUUUUUCUUUGAUAUUCUGUUGUUAUUCAGCCUACCACAGGUUACCAAGUUUUUUUUAAUUAAUUUUUAUUGUAAGUUGAAUAGCCCACAUGUCACAAUUGAGGUUUUAAUAUAUUUUCAAGUAACCCUUUUUAAACAAUGCUCUCCUACUAUUCCUUUCAGCACCUAAACAGAAAACUUUUAUUUUUUUUAACGGUUGUUAGCAGAUGAAUUUGUCUUUUUUUUUAUUCAGGGUAAUAUUGGAUAAUCUAGCAUUUAUCACAAAUUCACUUGAUUUAUAAUAUAUUUAUAUAGUACACAUUUCAAACUAUUGUAUUAUGUCCACAAGUGAAUUUCUUGUAAAUCUUGAUGUUGCUGUGACUUAUUUAAAGCAGCAAUUUUUUUUUCCGUUGUUCAUAAUAUUGUGAAACACGUUAAACUGUCAUGAGAGCCAAAGAUUGAACAUUUUGUUGUUACAAAGAGAGAUGGAUUGUGUUAAUGAUCAAUACAGGUCUUUCACUGCAAACCAAGAGCACAAACAUGUUCUCUUUGAAUAAUAUGCUUUAAUGUUGAAUGGUAUGUGUUCCGCUUUUCUAUUAUUUAUGAUGCUAGUCUGCACAUUAAGAUUUACUCCAUGUGAAGGUAGCAUAUAUGAUCUAAUGCUAAGUCAUUCCUAACGGAAUAAAGCAAGUGUAAUAAUACUCUCUGUGCUUGAAUGUCUAUGCCAGGGUGCAUUUUCGUAAUAUACUUGCUGGUAUAUCCAGCAUCAAUCAGGUUGAAUUCUGUUGCUGACUUUUCCAUCUGUGAUUUUUUAUUGUCAACUUUUUUAUUUAUCCCUUUCUUUUUGAUGUUCAGCAUCAGUGCAAAACAGUCUAAUACUUGUAUUAUUGAUUUCUCGUUCCAAGCUUGACAGCUUACAACCUGUCUAGCUUUGGGGUGAAGCCACCAGGUAUUGCUCUCUCCCAGCGGCUUCUGUCAGUGCUUUGUGUGUGAGAGAGGGAGAGUGUGGUGAUGUCUUAAAUUAAAAUGUCCAUAUUCCUUUAGUGUGGUGUUUUUCACAAUUUCUUAUUUGUAGCAAUUUAGAACAUAGAAAAUUACAAAAUAAUUAUAGAUACUCCAGGGCAGUGUAUGUACACCAACAAGACAUGUAUCCUAUUACAUUCCUGGAAUCAAAUGAUUUUGCCAAAUUCUGAUGCCAUACAUUCAUAAGAUACAUGCAAAAAAAAAAAUUGUGAUAUCUUUCUGAAAUCCAGGAAUUAUAAACUAUAAUAUAAUUAAUUAUAUGGAAACCUUAUUGCAUUUAAUGUGGCAACAUAACGCUCACAUCAACCUCUUUCUGUAAAAGGACAGUUUAUUUAAGUACUGCUUUAGACCAGUACCGACUAUACUUUUUGUGUACUGCUUGCACAAAACAAUUAAAGGCAUUGCAUGUGAAAUGGGCAGUGCCGGGUUCCUGUUCUUCCCCUUUGAAUGGAAUCACAUUUGGCUGUUAUGGCAAUGUAUUGUUCUUGCUAAUACAGAUGGGACAACUAGCAUGACGUCUUAGUUUUAAGUCUUUAUUGCCUUGUCUUUUUUUGGAAAAAAUAACCCUAACACCUUUUUCAUCUACUGGGAAGAUGGUCAUGUUAGAGGCCACACUGGUCAAAUUUUCGUGAAGGCGAUGCCUAUGCUUACCUCCCUCCCCUCACCAAACCACAUCCCAAGCAGCACAGGAAGACUGGGUACACAUGGUACCUACAUCAUGAACUUGGUGGGGCACAUGUUGGCAUGGGGCCUAGGCCAACAUCCUUUUUUUACCUCUGAAUGUGGUGUACUACCCCUUAGUCACUCAUGUAGGUGAUUCUUGGAUGAAAAUACGUUUCCCAGGUAGGUCCCACAUAUUUUUAGAUAUAUAAUCUGAGCAUGUUCCCUUCUUGCAUUAUUGGUGUAUCUCAAUUUACUUUUUGUCAAACAAAAUAAAAAAUGUGGCAGUUUUAUGUAUAUCCUUCCAAAAUCAAAUCUUUCCUGAACAAUUUCUUAAGGAAAUUAUUACAAACGAAACAGGUUAAUAUGUAAAUGGUGCUGUUUAUAAAUAUGUGAAAGCAAUAAUGGAUUUUUUAAAUGAUUAUUUUGAAGCAUUUUGUAUUUUUUGUUUGCACAUUAAAGUACGGAGUUUUUAUUACAGCGAAUGGUUCAAGUUUGCCUGGGUAAUGCAUAAGCUUAAUUAUGUAAGUUAGCCUUCGAUUUGGUGCAAGAUGUGUUUUAAUGCUAAUGUGUUAAUCUUACACUGAUAAGGUUACAGUAGUGUAGAUCUUGCACAUGCUCAUGUUUGUUGCAAGAUGUAAUUUCUCAGCUAGUAAUAUCAAACAUCCUUGAUGCAAAAUGGAUACUGAGCAGCAGUGGGUCAUUUAGAUUUGUUAUGAACAGAAUAAAAUGUUUUUGUGUUCAUGCACAAGCUGUAAAAUAAAUGUGUAAAUUGUAAACUGUACAAAUUUUAAGAGCAGAACUAUGAAAAACAUUGCUAUGAUGGGAGGGACAAGAUUUAUGACUAAGAGAGAUUGGGGUAAAAAAAGUUGUGGGUAAUGACCAGUAAGCAAUAUUGUUUAAAACAUCUCUGAACUUUUGAUACCCAGUUGCAUGGAUCCCUGUUAACUGACAUUUUAUUUUUAAAUUAAAAAAAAAUUUUUUUUUAA